AUGACAAACAGCGCGCACCCGGGCUGCCAGUACGUGUACAAGAUGUGCCAUCACGCGCGCGCCGUCAAGAAAGACGGGAGUCUGCACCGCCUGUGCGCGUUCCACCGCGAAAAAGCCAACAGUUUGCAAAAGGUGUACGCGACAAAGCGCCGCCAGGAAGCUCGGGUCGCGCGGCGGUUGCAGUUCGAGGCCAAGAAGGCCAAGGACGUGCCUGUCGCGCCGCCUGUGCUUCCCGUGCCUGCCAAACGAGACGACUGGUGGACGACAUUGCUCGAUGGCGAGUGCCUCGAGUGGACAUUGGACGAAGACUCGACAAACUUGGUGGUUUUAUCCGACGACGACGUGGCGUUCUUGAGCGAGGCGUUUUGA